AAAGUGAUAAGCAGCAAGCAGCUUCUGGGUUUUGCUUUCAAGCGCACUCCUGCUGAAUCGGUGUGAGUGAAUGUGGAUGUGUGUGUGUGUGUGUGUGGGGCGUUCACCCUGUCCUGCCACAGUAGCAAUACAGUGCAGCAGCGUCGGCCCCCGAACAAAAGGCUAAACACCGCAGAGCCACAGGAGGAGAAACUCAGGGAUAGAAGCAGGCUGAGUGGCCCAGCGUGACUGCACUUCUCAGGGAGCAACUCAACCUGCCACUUAACCCUCCUGGCUUUGGAGUCGAGACAGAAUGCAGACUGUCUGUCUCUCUCUGAGCUAAGGAAAGCACUCUGUUACUGACUGCUUUGUCUUUCACUUUGUCUGUCAUUCACAUACCUCAGUCUUUGUAAUCGUUUACUGAGAUUCCUGCACCUGCCCUUCCACACCUGGGCGUCUUUACUUUCCAUCUACCUGUCAGACGAGAUGUCUGACGAUGACUGCCGCUCGCCCAUCGGCCUGGACUGUUGCAGUUGCUGCCUGGACCUCGCCAAUGGCUGUGAUGACUCCAUGUCCGGCAGUCCAGGCCUUGGUACUACAGGGGGCCUGCCGGCAAGCCCCACCAGCCCCAGUGUCAGUCACUUCCGCCAGCUCCGCAACCAGCUGAUGUACCAGAACCUGAACACGGACAAGCUGAACAACAUCAUGAGGCAGGACUCCCUGGAAUCGGUGGUGAGGGAUCCCUGCUUCCUGCUCAAUGAAGGGAUCUGCAACAGCAAUAUUGACCAGACCAUGCUGUCCAUUCUGCUCUUCUUUCACAGUGCCUCUGGUGCUAGCGUUGUGGCCAUCGACAACAAGAUUGAACAAGCGAUGGAUCUUGUCAAGAAUCACCUCAUGUACGCAGUGCGAGAGGAGGUGGAGAUCCUCAAAGAGCAGAUCAAAGAGCUGGCGGAGAAGAACAACCAGCUCGAGAGAGAGAACUACCUACUGAAGAACCUGGCCAGUCCAGAGCAGCUGGAGAAGUUCCAGUCUCGCAUCCCGACAGACGUGCUGUUGGACAAUGAGAGCGCCCAGGUGACCCCAGACAACCACCACCAGCAGCAGCAACAGCAACAGCAGCAGCAGCAGCAGCAGACCUGCAUCCAGAGCACUGGUUCUGCUGUGUAAGUGGCUCUGCCUUGGGGCGGGCAGAGCCACUGUCUCUUAACAGUAAUGGACCUCCAUUUGAAUGAAGCGUUUCAAAAUCGCCGUCUCCAAGAACCCUUGGAAAACGAUGAAGGUGAAGCAUCUGGGCUGUAAAUGAUCGAUGGGACACUAAAGAACUGUUGACUGUGAUAAGCGCAAAACAGAACUUAAGAUGCUCUGACCGGUGCGGUGUCGGGCCCGUCCUCUGAUACCGUCCAACUCUUUGUCGUAGUCUCUGUGUAGACAAAAGCGCUGAGAAUAGAGAGAGAGGGCUGACUUGGGCACCAAAGAGCGCUUGCUUUCAGACAGGUGGGGGGCUUUCCCCUCCUAGCCUCCGCUCCCUUCCACCAAACACCCUUUGCACUAGAGAGGGCUGUGGGGAGGUGCUGAUCGGGCUGGCCCUGCAGGUGCUAACUUGGAAAGUGUGUGUGCGCGGGGUUGCACCCCACUCACCCAGGGGAGACCCAUGUGGGAUUGUCCUCCAGGUCUCAAAGAGAAAAGCACCAUCAUGUGGAUUUGUCCAGGUUCCAAGGACUCAAAGCCACACAUUUCAGCCACAUAACAAGGACUUUCCCUGUACCUUCAAUGUAUUGCUCAUGUGUUCAUGUACAUUUAAGCAUAACAAGAAUAAUUAACAGGAUAAGCUAAGGUAACAGAGGUGGCGGUUAAUACAGUAUAGCAUGUUAGAGCUGGUGCACAGCUGCAGCAGACUGAUCAGUAUACUGUCAUGAUUCAUAAAAUGUAAUCUUGUAUUGACUGCAGAUGGGGCUUGCUGCUUAGGGUGGUUAAAGUUAAUCCUGCUAUAGCUCCUGUUUUUGUUUGUGAUUCUGAGCAAAAAUCAGUUCGUAAAAUCGGAGUAUUGUACAGUGGUCUUAGAUUUGUUUUUGUUAACUAGGGGGACAGGCAUACCUGUCCACCUUGUUUGCCUAGCCUCCUCACAGUCAAAGAUAACUACAUUGUACCUAGAAGUUGAAAUGUCCCGAGGCCCUGAACGUGGUGGAUAUGGCGAACAGGUCAGACACCGGCAUUUCAUCACUGCAGAUGCACUCCUGAUUUUAGCAGCGCCGUCCAGUAUCUGAUCCGUUUCUUCUCGCUGAGAUGGCGACUUAAAAACAACGGCAUGACAACAGUGCCUGUUCAUAGUCAGAGGAACACAUUUCCACACCGAGCUCUGUUGUUGUUGUUUUCUAGCUACCAAAGACUUUCUUUUUUUUUCUUUUAUUUUUUUUAUUUGCUCUCACAACAACAGAAGCCGAGCAAAUCGCGACCAUGUGUUGAAACUUCACAGGGAGAAGCUAGUGCUAAAGUUUCUAUGUGUUUUGUAAAGAUAACGGUAUUGUUGCUGUAAAGUAUCCUGGAAACCUUUGUUCACUAUGGUGUUUGGAUACGACUGCACAUUUGCAAUAAACCUUAUGUUUGCAUAAUA